AUGGAGGAUGAUAAUUUUCGUGUAGAGUUGUUGGAAUGUGCAAAACUCUUGAACCUACCAAAUGAUGAUUAUACGCAAGAACUAAUUGCACAAGUUCCGUUAGACUACCUUUAUGUGCCACAAAAUGAGAAAGAAUCUAUUUUACUUUUAGUUUCUGAAAAUAAAAUAUCUAGAAAGAAUCAAUUAUUAGAAAAAUUGUGUUUAAAUGAUUUGGACGCAACCAUUGUCCUUACAGAGGUGUUAAACGACCUCAAGAUUCAAGAUCUAAAUCUAUGUUGUGACAUUUAUGAAGCAACUCGUGAAUCCUAUUUUAUGGAAGAACCAUUACUUUCAAGUCGCAUACAAAAAAAUAAUGAAUUCGAUCUGUAUUCUAUACCGACUUUAAAACAGUUGUCAACCCAACUACCAACUACGGAUGUUUCUUCUGAACCUUUCGCGGAAAGCAAAAUGCAACAAUUUACAUUGGAUGAUUUUUUAUCGCAUCAUGAAGAAGUGAUAGAUGACAUUGCCAGUAUUAUAUCAUUCUUAAAGGAAAAUGACGUUCGCAACGAUAAUGAUUUUAGUGUUUCUAUCAAUGAAUUUAAGUUUGAGGAUCAUUACAUUGAAGAACCCCUAAUUUCAAUAAAAGCUAAUAAAAGCACACAAGAUCUGCCAAAUAAAAUUAUUGAAAUUGUUCCUCUAAUUAUAGAUGAGAUUGAUAUAAAUGUUCAGAAUGAUCAAUUAGUUCCUGAAGAAACUGGUGUUAAAGCACCUUUAGAGAUGUUGAAUGAAUGGGAAGGGAUUGAUGAGUCAACUUUUGACAUUGAAGGAAUUCCAGACUAUAAUUAUGUAGAAUUUGAUGUAUCAUUCGAUCCAUUUUUGGCUUCCCGAGAGUCCAUUCAGUUAGAUGCUACCUUUAUGCAUCAGAAAUUAGAAGAUCAGACAGCGCUUCAAUCGGACCUUGAGAAGAUGUUGAAAGUUGAAAACCCAGAUGAAAACUGGAAAUCUGUCAUUAUGUGGCAAUCAAUGGAUGAACUAGAAGGAUUGAAAUUCAAGGUUCCGCAAUUACCCCAUCCUGUCUCUCAAAUUACCAGAGGAAGUGUAAAUGAUGAUGGGGUUUCAUUCCCUUUAAUACCAACUCAAAUUUCAGAUUUGAUUGCGCAUCCAAAUUCAACGCAUUCUGAUUUUCAAAUAUUGACAUCAUUUAGUGGAAUGAAAGCUUUGGAGUUUGAGUUACAUUGGAAUCCAAUUAAAAAUACCUCUCACAUAGAAUUUGAACAAAUCGUCGAUGUAAAUCUUCCAUCCCAAGAGAUAUCAGAUAUUCUUGAAGAAUUAUGUAGUUGUGCUAACGAUGAUGACAUUUUGGAUACAAUAAAUGUGAAAUUUGAAAUUCAUGAUCCAUAUCUGACAACAGGGAAAAAAAUGCACGAAGAAAUGCUUGCGAAAAAAGAUCUACUUCAUUCCCACCUAAAGUCUCAUCACCAAAAAGGAGUUCCAGUUGGGCUUUCCAGUUACGACAAAUCAAAUAAGGAUAACGAUGUUCACACAAAUGAUGUAGAUUUAUCGGAUUUUUCACCUACCGAUGGUGAAGUCCCAGUUGAAGAUUCUUUAUUGUAUUUUAAUGAACAGCAAAACUUUAACACCCUUCGAAACACUUCUUCCAUAUGUAAUGAGGUUUCAUCGAAAACACUAUUUGAUUUUAAGGAUAUACAAAACUCUUCCACCAAACCAAACAUUGUCAAAUCUAGAUAUUUCGCUGACACUUUCUCUGCAACAAAGUCGAUAGAUGAUUUCUUGAUUCUGCGUGGAAAACCUGCACCAAAUAAACAUCGAAAUAUUGAUUUAAAAAAAAGAUUUCAUUCUGCAAACAAAAGUGGUGAAGUUCCUAGUGUCAAUAACACGCCAAACGACCAUACAUAUGGAUAUACUCGUUAUACACACAGAAUCCCCUCUUCGGGGUCACAGUUUACUGACAAUGGCAGAAAUAUUCGAGGUGUGCAGAAUGCUCACGUUAGUAAGUAUCCUAGAACAAUUUAUUAUAGAAUUCAUAACGAUAGACUGUGUAGCAUAAUAACAUAUUUACAUGUCUUAAUAGUGGCAAAAACUAUCAUCGAUAAUAUGCCAAUGCCAAUAGUUACUCAUAAAUACAUCGUAUCGGCCCGACUUUUGGCAAAUCGUGGCCUGUUAUUAAAUUUAAAAGGCAUUUAUUGCAAGGUUGAAGUUUUUGAACGUGAUUUCGAAUACUUAAGACCUUUAUUACCGAAUGAUGAAUUAGAAACAUCUUACAUAGACUGCGAUCUGAUUAUAGAUGAAAGGACUGGAAUUAUAUAUUAUCCUCUCAAUUUAAUAUCUCAAGAGCAAUCCGUCCCAACCAUUGCUCGAACAAUCAUUCGUCUUGCACAAAAAUAUUCGAGCUUAUAUGUAAUUUUGGAGACUUACACAUGGAAUAAUAGAGCAACUCAUGACAAUGAUGCAGAAUGCAUUCUUCCGUAUUCAUAUACUUUACCUGUUUUAAAGGCUGUUGCAGGAUUGCAAGCCGUCUUAACGCGUUAUUCGUGUGAUGCACAUAUAGUAUUUUCUUCAUGUGAAGAAAUGUCCGCACGACUUGCGAGAUUGAUAGGUGAUCUCUGUGCUUCAAAGUGUGAAGAAGAAAGAGGACAAGAUCGCCAGCAAUGGGAAAGUAGAGAUUGGAUGACUAUGGAAGAAACCCUUUCAGGAAAUUCCGAGCAAUUGCUUACAAACGAUGAGCCCGAAGUACAUAUAGAUGAUAAUCAAAUGGGUGCCGAGUGGAUCAAUGAAUUUAAAGACUUUGAAUUGGAGGAGCUUUAUGAUUAG